UCACGUGACGGCUCAUUGCCAUUGGUGAGCUCUCCCCAUUAUGGCGGAGAAUGGAUUGUCUCUUCUUUUCAAAUUCAUGUUUUGUGUCUUGAUGCUGGUAUUUUAACCCAGAAUAGAUUUCGUUUUUACUUAAAGCACACUUCGUUUUACUUCAACCACACUUCGUUUUAUUAAGUCAUGGCAGACCGUGGCGUGGAUUUCUCUGGUAUACCGAAAGAGCUUCGAGACCAUUUGGCAGAGUUGGAAUUGGAGCUAUCGGAAGGUGACAUCACACAGAAGGGCUAUGAGAAGAAACGAGCCAGGCUGCUGGCCCCUUUCCUCCCUCAGAUCACCAGUGUGGAUCUGCCUCUCCCAGACGUCCAGCAGCAGUCGUCCUCCGGCCCUACCAGUGGUGAGCCCAGCCCUGCCAGCUCUGACCGUAGCCCUGCCAGUCCUGAGGCCUCUGGCCCCUCUUCUUCCUCUGGGGGCCGCAGAAACCGCAGCGGGGGGGCAAGGGAUGACCGCUACAGAUCAGAUAUCCACACGGAGGCGGUACAGGCAGCGUUGGCCAAACACAAGGAGGAGAAGAUGGCACUGCCCAUGCCCACCAAGCGCCGCUCAGCCUUCGUCCAGUCACCCGUAGACAACUGCACCCCUCCAGACACAUCGUCAGCGUCUGAGGACGAAGGCUCUCUGCGUCGCCAGGCGACUCUGAGUGCAGCGCUAGCCCAGAGUCUCCAGAGCCCAGACUACUGGAUCAACCGCUCAGUGCAGAGUUCCUCCACCUCCUCCUCCGCCUCCUCCACCCUGUCCCACGGGGAAAAUAAGACUCAGACGCAACCGCAGCCCCAGCCCACCUCAGCACUGGCCGACAUACUGGCAAGCACACGCAUAGAGAACAGUGUCCCCCCAGAUGUGACGUCCUACACCCCUGAGAGGGGUUCAAGGGUGGACUCCAGGGUGGACCUGCCCCCCAAUGCUAUGACCAGGGGGAUGCCCCGAGGACAGAGCCGCACCAGCAUGCUGGAUACCACCGCUGACGGAAAGCGAAAAGGUGUGCCAGUGAACAGCCGUGUUUCCACUAAGAUCCAGCAGCUGCUGAACACUCUGAAGCGGCCCAAGAGACAAGCGCUCAGUGAGUUCUUCCUGGAUGACUCCGAGGAGAUCGUAGAGGUGCCCCAGCCGGACCCCAACACCCCCAGGCCAGAGGGCCGUCAGAUCAUCCCAGUGAAGGGGGAGCCCCUGGGGGUGGUCAGUAACUGGCCCCCGGCCCUUCAGGCAGCCCUGGCACGCUGGGGAGCCACACAGGCCAAGAGUCCCGCUCUCACCGCCCUGGACGUUACCGGGAAACCCCUCUACACGCUGACAUACGGUAAACUGUGGAGCCGCAGUCUGAAGCUGGCCUACACUCUGUUGAACAAACUGGGCACCAAGAACGAGCCUGUCCUGAGACCUGGAGAUAGGGUGGCGCUGGUGUACCCCAACAGUGACCCUGCUAUGUUCUGGGUGGCCUUCUAUGGCUGUCUCCUAGCAGAGGUCAUCCCUGUACCCAUAGAGGUGCCACUGUCUAGACAGGACGCAGGCAGUCUUCAGAUUGGCUUCCUAUUGGGCAGCUGUGGGGUAGGCCUGGCCCUGACUAGUGAGAUCUGUCUCAAAGGACUGCCCAAGACACCCCAGGGAGAGAUCAUGCAGUUCAAAGGUUGGCCCCGUAUGAAGUGGGUUGUGACAGACACCAAGUACCUGACCAAGCCCUCUAAAGACUGGCAGCCCCACAUCCCCACCGCCAACACAGACACGGCUUACAUCGAGUACAAGGCCAGUAAAGAGGGCACAGUGAUGGGAGUAGCCGUGUCUAAGAUAGCCUUGCUGACACACUGCCAGGCCCUGACACAGGCCUGCAACUACUGUGAAGGAGAAACGUUGGUCAACGUGCUAGAUUGUAAGAAGGACAUGGGUUUGUGGCACGGGGUGUUAACCAGUGUGAUGAACAGGAUCCACACUAUCACUGUACCCUACGCUGUCAUGAAGGCCUGUCCCAUGUCCUGGGUGCAGAGGGUCCACAUACACAAAGCACGUGUCGCCUUGGUGAAGUGUCGUGACCUCCACUGGGCUAUGAUGGCUCACAGGGACCAGAGAGACACCAACCUGUCCUCCAUACGCAUGCUCAUAGUAGCCGAUGGAGCCAACCCCUGGUCCGUGUCGUCGUGCGACGCCUUCCUCAACGUGUUCCAGUCUCACGGGUUAAAGCCGGAGGUCAUCUGCCCCUGUGCCUCCUCUCCUGAAGCCCUCACUGUGGCUAUCCGCAGGCCUGGUGCCCGUGGUGCAGCCCUCCCAGCCAGAGCCAUCCUGUCCAUGGGCGGUCUGAGUCACGGGGUCAUCAGGGUCAACACAGAGGAUAAAAACUCUGCACUCACUGUACAGGACGUGGGCCAUGUCAUGCCUGGAGCUCUGAUGUGUAUCGUGAAGCCAGACGGCCCUCCGCAGCUCUGUAAGACAGAUGAGAUCGGAGAGAUAGUGUUGAACUCCAGGGCUGGCGGAACCAUGUACUACGGCCUACCUGGAGUCACCAAGAACACCUUCGAGGUGAUUCCCGUGAACCAGGCUGGAGCUCCGUUAGGAGAGAUCCUCUUCACUAGGACUGGCCUGCUGGGCUUCGUAGGGCCGGGCAGUCUGGUCUUUGUAGUGGGAAAGAACGAGGGGCUCCUGACGGUCAGUGGUAGACGACACAAUGCUGAUGACCUGGUGGCCACCGCCCUGGCCGUGGAGCCUGUUAAAACUGUCUACAGGGGGAGGAUCGCUGUGUUCUCAGUGACCGUGUUCUAUGAUGAGAGGAUAGUGAUCGUAGCAGAGCAGAGGCCUGACGCCAGUGAAGAGGACAGCUUCCAGUGGAUGAGCCGAGUACUACAGGCCAUAGACAGUAUUCAUCAGGUGGGUUUGUACUGUCUGGCCCUGGUUCCGGCCAACACGUUACCCAAGACCCCGCUGGGAGGGAUCCACAUCUCUGAGACCAAACAGAACUUCCUAGAGGGGAACCUGCACCCCUGUAACAUCCUCCUCUGUCCACACACCUGCGUCACCAACCUGCCCAAACCACGACAGAAACAGCCAGUUGGCGUCGGCCCGGCCUCUAUCAUGGUUGGUAACCUGGUAGCGGGGAAGAGGAUGGCCCAGGCUGCAGGCAGGGAGCUGGGAGUGCUGGAGGAAGAGGGCCUGGUCAGGAAGCACCAGUUUCUGUCUGAAGCCUUACAGUGGAGAGCCCAGACCGACCCUGACCACGUCCUCUAUGUGCUGCUCAACGCUAAGGGGGUAGCGGUGUGCACGGCCACAUGUAGUCAGCUGCAUAAGAGAGCAGAGAAGAUAACCUCAGCCCUGAUGGAGAGAGGAGGCCUCAACACUGGAGACAACGUAGUGCUGCUAUACCCUCCUGGCAUUGAUCUGAUAGCUGCCUUCUAUGGCUGUCUGUACGCGGGGGUGAUCCCUGUAACAGUGCGGCCCCCUCACCCCCAGAACCUGGCUGCUACCCUGCCCACCGUCCGCAUGAUCAUCGACGUGAGUAAAGCAGCCUGUAUCCUAACCACCCAGCCCCUUAUGAGGAUCCUCCGGUCCAGAGAGGCUGCUGCCAGCGUCAACGUCAAGACCUGGCCCACUAUCAUAGACACAGACGACCUCCCCAGGAGGCGGCCCCCCCAGCUCUACAAGCCCCCCACAGCAGAGAUGCUGGCCUACCUGGACUUCAGUGUGUCCACCACAGGCAUGCUGACCGGGGUCAAGAUGUCCCACUCGGCGGUCAGUACUCUGUGUCGCUCCAUCAAGCUACAGUGUGAGCUCUACUCCUCACGCCAAAUAGCCAUCUGUCUGGACCCCUACUGCGGCCUGGGCUUUGUACAGUGGUGCCUCUCCAGUGUCUACUCAGGUCACCAGUCCAUCCUGAUCCCUCCUAUGGAGUUGGAGCUGUCCUUGCCUCUGUGGCUGAGCACCCUGAGCCAGUACAAGAUCAGAGACACCUUCUGUUCCUACUCUGUCAUGGAGCUCUGCACCAAGGGCCUGGGAACGCAGACUGACGCACUCAAGGCACGGGGUGUGAAUCUGUCGUGUGUGAGGAGCUGUGUGGUGAUAGCAGAGGAGCGUCCCCGGCUGGCACUGACCCAGUCCUUCUCCAAGCUGUUUAAAGACCUGGGUCUCUCCCCCCGCGCGGUCAGCACAGCCUUCGGAUCUAGGGUCAACCUAGCCAUCUGCCUACAGGGAACUGCUGGACCAGACCCCUCCACCGUCUAUGUAGACAUGAAGUCCCUCCGCCAUGACAGGGUGAGGUUGGUGGAGCGAGGUGCCCCCCAGAGUCUUUCACUCAUGGAGUCAGGCACUAUUCUUCCAGGGGUGAGGGUGAUCAUCGUGAACCCAGAGACCAGGGGACCGCUGGGGGAUUCCCAUCUUGGAGAGAUCUGGGUUCAGAGUCCCCACAGUUCCAGUGGCUACUACACCAUCUAUGGAGAGGAGAGCUUGCAGGCGGACCACUUCAACACGCGGCUGAGCUUCGGGGAGCCCCACACCCUGUGGGCCAGGACGGGAUACCUGGGCUUUGUCAAGAGGACCGAGCUACUGGGGUCCACCGGAGAUCGGCAUGACGCCCUGUUUGUGGUGGGCCAGUUGGAUGAGACGUUGGAGCUCAGGGGGCUUCGCUACCACCCCAUCGACAUCGAGACCUCUGUGUCCCGGGCACACCGCAGCAUCGCUGAGAGUGCUGUGUUCACAUGGACCAACCUCCUGGUGGUAGUGGCUGAGCUGGCCGGGUCGGAGCAGGAGGCCCUGGACUUGGUGCCUCUGGUGACCAAUGUAGUUCUGGAGGAGCACCACCUGAUCGUGGGCGUGGUGGUCGUCGUGGACCCGGGCGUCAUCCCCAUCAACUCCCGGGGAGAGAAGCAGAGGAUGCACCUCCGGGACUCGUUCCUGGCCGACCAGCUGGACCCCAUCUACGUGGCCUAUAACAUGUGAGAUGUGAGGAGGAGGGCCAAGCCCCAGACACACUGGGGUGAAGGCUGACUAUGGGGGUCCACUGGGGUGAAGGCUGACUAUGGGGGUCCACUGGGGUGAAGGCUGACUAUGGGGGUCCACUGGGGUGAAGGCUGACUAUGCGGGUCCACUGGGGUGAAGGCUGACUAUGGGGGUCCACUGGGGUGGCUGGCUAUGGGGGUCCACUGGAGUGAAGGCUGGCUAUGGGGGUCCACUGGAGUGAAGGCUGGCAAUGGGGGUCCACUGGGGUGGCUGGCAAUGGGGGUCCACUGGAGUGAAGGCUGGCUAUGGGGGGUCCACUGGAGUGAAGGCUGGCUAUGGGGGGUCCACUGGAGUGAAGGCUGGCUAUGGGGGGUUCACUGGAGUGAAGGCUGGCUAUGGGGGUCCACUGGAGUGAAGGCUGGCUAUGGGGGUCCACUGGGGUGGCGGCGAGGGUGUGUAGAGGCUCUAAGAAUGAGUUGGACAGAGAGAGAGGCGGGGGUGUGGGAUGUUCUGCUCCUCCUGAGAAUGGACCUCUCACAUUCACUCAUCUGUCAGUGGGACAGCGUGGCAGAACAGGAGUGGCGAUGGUGAAUGGGCUUGGACUUAGUUUAGCCACCCUGUUACAGUGUCUUCUGCCUAAGUGCGUGCUCUCGCCAGAGUCUACUAUGUUUAUUGAGUUUUUCGGUGGGAGUGAAGCUAUAGCAUGUCCGUUUGCAUGAGGUUGAGCUGCUUCUUACUGGUGCUUAUCCAACCACUCCCCACCUCUCUCUGACAGAGGAGGAAUAGGAUUGGUUACUUCUCUUUGAUUGACAUUUAGGUCCACCUGUCAAGGAGACGUUUGCCAAUACCCUCAUCCACUGUCUCUCCCCUCUUCUCUCCCGACUGCUCCGAUCAAUGAUUUUAUCCCCAGAAAUAAUGAUUUUUGUGCAUCUUGUUUUACAGAGGAAGACAAAAACUGUAGAGAUUUGUUUAUCGUCUCAAUCCAUUCCAUGGUUUGUUUUUAGUUCAGCCUGUACCUUGCUCUCUCCUUUCUCCUGAGGGAUCCACAGUCCGUCAUGUUUGUCAGGAUGGGACCGUGGAGCCAAUGAGACGAGCUGGAAGCUCCCCCCCCCAUGCACUUUAACCUUUCCUUGUCCUUCCAUAAUCUGUCCUGUCUCUCCUAGCCUGGUCUCAGAUCUGUUUGUGCUGUCUUGCCAACUCCUCAUGUGACAAUGACCGUAGGAGUUGGAAAGCCAGUGCAAACAGAUCUGAGACCAGGCUUGGUGUGUGUCCCAAAUGGCACCCUAUUCCCUAUGUAGUGCAUAUAUGUCUCCUGGGUAGUCGAUGUGAAACUGACUUCCUCUAACCACCAUUUUUCAUGAUACAAUUCAGAUUAACAACUAUUCAAACAAUACAAUACCGCCAGCAAGUACAGCUCACUUCAGGCCAACAGAUGCCUGCACCUCUAUAGCUGCACUUACAUUCCGAGCUGCGAUCGAUCGGUCAUCUUACGUUUCUGUCCCACACAUCUCUAGGUUUGUUUUAACGGCUCACUGCUAUGUUACAAGCUUUCAGACUUGCUGGAAGAAAUCACUUUUAAAACCCACUUUGGAUUGGUAUGGAACGAAAAAGGAUGUGCAACAAACAUAUCAGCAGCAAAUGGAAACAACAAAACGGACAAGCUGUUUAAGUCCUUGGCUGUAUGAGCGAGAAUGUCCGUGAUCUUAUCGAUCAUGUGGAGAAAAGGAACUCCUGUUUAACUGUAACGCUAUUCAAUGGGCUUGCGGGUUAUAUGUCUGUGCAGCCACAAGACAAGGUAAACUAGUGUAGAUAUUUACCUUUAAACAUCUGUAUUCACUAUAGUGCACCAUACAGUAAUGAAUUGUAAAUAAUCAUUAUUUAAAUAUCAAGCAAACACAAUACCGGUAAUAUGGAACGAUAAGAUUGACUUCUGAUUAUCUUAUUGGCUGAUAUCACGGAGGCUCCUAUACCGAGUCACUAUAUUUUAGCUUGAUUAAGUAUCAGUCAGUCAGUCGACUGCUAGCCUCCGUCACAGGCUUUCAACAAGCGAAGCCUGGCGUCCAACAAGCGAAGCCUGGUCGUCCAAGGCUAGUCAAUUGCUAAGCUUGUUUCUUCGUUCUGUACUGUCCAUUGAGCCACAAAGGGCAUCUUCAACUCUGACUAACUUCACGAGGCUACAUCGGGGUUAUCAGGAGACUGCUGCCCUGUGCCUUUCUGUUGUGUUAACAUGAAACGUAACAUCUUCAUAAAUCAACGACUUGGUGUAUUACCAAAAAAGUUUGCAGUGGGUAUAAGAUGAGAAGAAAUUCUUGCCUUAUAAAAGCUGUGGAACUUUUUAACAUUUUUGUUUUGAUUUGUCAAAGGCUUUCAUUCUAUUGCUGUGCUUGUGAUGAAUAGAAAAGGGAUUGCAGAGGGUAAGGUUGAGAUGUUGACUGUAUAGCAUAGUGUAUAUUUUAGAGGUCAAAAACUGUAUAACUGGUGUUACUGUGUACAUUGACAUGAUGAACUUAUUCUUUACGUUGAUAAAACUUGACUGAUCUUUCUUACUUGACAGCCAAUUUCUGCAUUACUGACAUAAAAAUAGGCUAAGUAACAAAUUGCAAAAUUCAAAAAAGUAUCUUAUGGUUUGGCAGGUGGUAACAAUUUGCACUUUCCCAUAUCAUUACUGUGUGUGUGUGUGUGUGUGUGUGUGUGUAUGAUCGUAUGGUUUAAAUGGUGACAUUGUUUGUCUUUCCUUGUGCAAAAAAAGUUUCAUUGCUCCUUUUAAUUAAAUGAACAUCAAAAUAUUGAACAAUAUUUUAUUUCCAGAUUGGCUUUUUUUUAUGCCAAAUUCACUGUACUGCAAUUUUUAUCAGUUGAUAAACCAUUUUUUUUUAAAUCCAAAUGAGACAUUAUUGAUUUAAAUGUAAUUCUAAUGGUUUUUCAUGCAAGUUAUGUUCUCUUUCUCAUGAACUCUUCUUUCAACGACCCUACAUUAACAGCACAACUCUGUUGCAAAACAAAAGCCUUGUUUGAUUUGGAAGUAGUUUAGACUACGUGAAUGACAGACAAACAUUGUAAUUCAUAAGUCCAUCUCUUGAGUGAAGUUGAAAUUGAAUGGUUCAUAAAUAAAUGUAUUGAACUUGGACUAUU